CUCUUGUGAAUGGAUAAACUGCACAUCAGCCUGUCAUCACAGAUCACGUGCUGUUCUACCUGCGCUCCUGCCUGUUGUCCCUGACCACAGUCACCAUGCCUCGGCGUAAGAAGGGUAAGCGCCGCACCUCUGCAAAACGCCGCCAGGCUCAGCAUGGCACCCAGGAUCUGAGGGGCGCUCAGGUCACUGCCACCACGAUGGAAGCACACACUUCUUCCUCCAGCCCUGGUCCCGGGGUUGAUGCUAAGGGAAAGCCGGGUGCUAGGUCUGGUAAGCGUCUCAAGCGUCCUCGGGGGGCGCUGGCUGCCACCACUGUGCCUGCAGGUGUUUCUCCCACAAGAUCAUCCAAAAGAGCCACUGGGGAAAUUGGGAAAACACAUAAUCCCUCUCAAGCCACUGAGGAAAUUAGGAAAACAGAUAAUCCCUCUCAAGUCACUGAGGAAAUUGGGAAAACAGAUAAUCCCUCUCAGGCCCCUCUCUCCAACGUGCGGUCUGGAAAACGCUCACUAACCAGGCCGACGUAUCAGUUGGUGCAAUUCCUGUUACGCAUGUAUAAGACGAAAAAGCCCAUUAGGAAAGUGCAUAUGCUGAAGGUCAUUGAUAAAAAGUACCAAAAUCGAUUCCUCAGGAUCCUCAAAAGAGCUUCUGAGAGCAUGGAGGUGUUAUUUGGUAUUGACGUGAAGAAAGACAACACUGCCAAGCAUUCUUAUGUCCUUGUCAGCAAGAUGAAUCUCCCCCGCAACGGGAUCGUGCACCGUGGCAGGGGUUUUCCCAAGACCGGUCUCCUGAUGAAUCUCCUGGGUGUGAUCUUCAUGAAGGGCAACUGCACCACAGAGGAAGACAUCUGGGAUUUUCUGGGUAAGAUGAAAAUCUAUGCUGGGAAGAGGCACUUCUUAUUUGGGGAGCCCAAGAAGCUCAUCACCCAAGAUUUGGUGCAGCUGAAGUAUUUGGAAUAUCGGCAAGUGCCCGGCAGCAGUCCAGCAUGCUAUGAGCUCCUGUGGGGUCCAAGAGCGCAUGCUGAAACGAGCAAGAUGAGAGUCCUGGAGUUCCUGGCCAGGAUUAACCAUUUGGAACCCAGUGCCUUCCACUUUUGGUAUGACGAGGCUUUGAAAGAUGAGGAAGAGAGGGCCCAAGCUAGCGGAUGACCCAGCGUUCCUCCAGCAGUUCCUUCCACACCUAGUGAAGCUGAGGCAAAUUCUGCCCUUUGUGGCUGAAGAGAGUAUUCACAGUGCUCCAAGUACUAUAGGACUGGACGUCA